UGGCUAUGUUGCAGCAUCUCCCCCAAGAGACGCGUCGUAGUCGCGGUUGGUUGGGUGGAGCGCGUCGCAGUCGUGGUCUGAACCGACGGAAUGCGCAAAAAGAUGGAGCUCAGACACUGACUGACGCAUUCGGCACUAAAUCGUCAUCCGGCUUCGGAGCAGCGCCAGACAUUCUUCAGAGCCAGCAUUCACCGUGAUUUACAGCACCAUGCGACCCUGACCUCAGCUUACCGUCCUCUCUUUGCUUUUCGCACCUUCUUCUUCCUUGUUUCCAUCCAUCAGGACAUCACUCGUUGUACCAUACGGCGUCGAAUACUCGUUUCCCUAGAUUCUCCAACUUGUCGCAAGACGAGCGAACAUGUCUACGACGCUUGGGUCCUUCAUCGCCGGCGGCAUUGCAGCGUGCGGCGCCGUCACAGUCACCCACGGCUUCGAGACGGUCAAGAUCCGACUGCAGUUACAAGGCGAGCUCCAGGCCAAGAAAGACGCAGUGCGCCAGUACAAGGGCGUCUUCCACGGCGUCGGCGUCAUCAUCAAGAAUGACGGCCCCAAAGGCCUCUUCCGCGGGAUAGGCUGCGCGUACUUCUACCAGAUGGUCCUCAACGGCUGCCGUCUGAGCUUCUACGAGCCGCUGCGCAAAAACCUCACACACGCCCUGUACAGCGAUGCGACCAAGCAGUCUUUCAGCAUAAACCUCUUCUCUGGCGCUGCCAGCGGCAUCCUCGGCGCCGCAGCGGGCUCGCCCUUCUUCCUCAUAAAAACACGACUACAGUCCUACUCGCCCCUCCUGCCCGUCGGAACACAACACAACUACGCUGGUGCCGUCGACGGCUUCCGGAGCAUCUACCGCAACGAAGGCAUCAAGGGUCUGUACCGGGGCGUUGGGCCCGCCAUGGUGCGCACAGGGUUCGGCUCCUCCGUACAACUGCCCACGUACUUUUUCGCAAAGCGCCGCCUAGUCAAGCAUCUUGGUAUGGAGGAGGGCAUGCCGCUGCACAUUGCGAGUAGCACCGCCAGUGGCUUUGUCGUAUGCUGCGUCAUGCAUCCCCCGGACACCGUCAUGUCGAGGAUGUACAACCAGACGGGGAAUCUGUACACGUCGGCCUUUGACUGUCUGUACCGGACUGUCAAGACGGAGGGCUUGUUGGCCGUGUACAAGGGCUUCUUUGCACAUUUGGCUCGCAUCCUGCCACAUACUAUCCUGACCCUCACUCUCGCCGAGCAAACAAACAAACUCAUGCGCAGAUUCGAAGACCGUGUCCUCUCCCCUGAAACAAAAGCCUGGAUAUAACACAACACGUCUUGAACUCGAAUGCGCUGUAUUGUAUUCUUAGACAUCUUGUAUAACGCUUUUCCCUUGCUCGUCGCGUAUCCGUUUUGGACAUGUGCUUGGAUUUCUGCACUUCUCGCGGCGUAUCAAUAUCGACGGAUAGAAUGGUGUGGGAUGGGAUUCGGAAGGAGGGAGGGAUAGGAUUGGAAAGCUAUAGCGGGCGCAGUGGGGACAGACCUCGCCAUGAAUCUAGGGAAAGGCAUGUCGCGUGUAAAACAAUGUCAUCUGUUCUGUGGGUUUGAUACCAGUAUUGACGAGCAAACUAGACAAUGAGGAGAAGAAAAAUAGUGUCAACGCACGUCUAGCUAUCCAGCUCCUCGAGAUGUCUGAUUCGGUGCUUUUUCAUGGUCGAGUAGAGCAAAGAAAACCCUUCCUAUCGUCAAGAUCUGCA